UGCUGUUAAUUUAGGAACAGACAUGCUGGAGUUGGAUUGUCACCUGACAAAGGAUGAGCAGGUGGUGGUGUCCCAUGAUGAGAACCUGAAGAGAUCAACAGGAGUUGAUGUCAAUAUAUCUGACCUCAAAUACUCGGAACUUCCCCCCUAUCUCUGCAAGUUGGAUGUCACAUUUCAGAAAGAAUGUCACUGUGAGGGGAAGGAUAAUCGGAUUCCACUCCUGAGAGAGGUGUUUGAGGCAUUUCCACAGACUCCUGUCAACAUCGACAUCAAAAUGAACAACAAUGUGCUGAUCAGAAAGGUCUCAGAGCUGGUGAGUGAGUACAAGCGAGAGCAUCUCACUGUGUGGGGGAAUGUCAACUAUGAGAUCGUGUCCAAGUGCUUCAAGGAGAACUCUGACAUUCCCAUCAUCUUCUGUGCACAACGUGUGCUGCUGCUGCUUGGGCUGUUCUACACUGGUUUGCUGCCAUUCAUUCCCUUCAAGGAGGAGUUCUUUGAGAUUCCCAUGCCUUCAAUCAUCCUCAAGCUGAAAGAACCUCAGAAGAUGUCAAGAAGCCAGAAAUUUGUUAUCUGGCUAGCUGACACGUUGCUGAUGAGGAAGGCACUGUUUGACCAUCUCACGGCUCGAGGCAUUCAGGUGUACAUUUGGGUACUGAAUGAAGAACAGGAAUACAAGAGAGCAUUUGACCUCGGAGCAACUGGAGUGAUGACAGACUAUCCAACAAAACUGAAGGAGUUUUUACAUCAUUAUCCAGCAUAAAGGAAGAAAACCAAGGGAGUUGUUGCAGAAUACAUCGUGAGCCAAGGAUUUUCUUCAUUAAAAAUUGGGGGCAGCAGACACAGAUCAUUUUGUUGGAGAGAUGUAAUGGAAUGAUCUCUUCCCUUGUUGUCAAGUCACUACCUAAUGUAAAGGUUGAUCUAUUUAUUUUGAGACUUUCAUGCCAUAGUUUACAUUUGUAAAUAGCUCAUUUAGCAGCAGCACACUUCACAAAUCAUGAUGACUAGGAAGAAAGUUGCUGGAUAAGGUACCUGUAGAUAAUCAGCAUUAUUUUACCUGCCACAAGUGUUCCUAAGCAGCUGUCAAGAGAUGUCAGUUAUUCCAGUUAGAUUCUAGUGAGCAGAAGCUGAAGAAUUUCUGACAGUGUAGCCUGUGUGUUUGCAUUUCUUGUGUUGCUUUUAGGUUUCAGAUCAGUUGUAGAGCAAAAGAGAAAAA